GCCGGUGAAUCUUUCUCAGCUUCCGGUGAGCUUUUCCUGCCGUGCUUGAAGAUGGCUGCCGCCUGGUUCCUGCUGUCUCUGGCCGCUUGUUUGGGCCCGGUGUCCGCCUUGUAUUUCCACAUCGGGGAGACCGAGAAGAAAUGCUUCAUCGAAGAGAUUCCUGACGAGACCAUGGUGAUAGGUAAUUACCGCACCCAGCUGUAUGACAAGCAGAGGGAAGAGUAUAUGCCCGCCACUCCUGGACUUGGCAUGUUAGUAGAGGUGAAGGAUCCUGAUGAUAAGGUCAUUCUGUCUCGUCAGUAUGGUUCAGAGGGGCGCUUCAUCUUUACUUCCCACACUCCAGGAGAGCAUCAGAUAUGCCUGCAUUCUAAUUCUACCAAAUUUUCCUUAUUUGCUGGGGGUAUGCUGAGGGUUCACCUUGACAUCCAGGUUGGGGAGCAUACCAAUGAUUAUGCCCAGAUUGCUGCCAAGGACAAACUAAGCGAGCUACAACUACGUGUGCGUCAACUGAUAGAGCAAGUGGAACAGAUUCAAAAGGAGCAAAAUUACCAAAGAUGGCGGGAGGAAAGGUUCCGUCAGACCAGUGAAAGCACCAACCAGCGUGUUCUGUGGUGGUCUAUUGCCCAGACUCUGAUACUCGUGGCCAUUGGAAUUUGGCAGAUGAGGCAUCUUAAAAGUUUCUUUGAAGCAAAGAAACUGGUGUAAGCUACUCAAAGAAAGCAGGUAUUGUUGUGCCAGAAAUGAUGGACCCCACCACAUCCAGCUUUGCUUCCUGCACCUCUAAAAUCUGCUGGAUAGAACUGUUACAAGGUGACUUUAGCACGUGGGACCAGGACAUUCUGCUUGGAAACUGUCACAUUUUGCUCCAAGCAUUGACAGAAUUUUGGAACCUUUUUUUAAAAAUCUAAAAUGAGAUUUGUUUUGUUCAUCGAUCGUAUUCAGAGAUUACAUUUUUGUUACCAUAUUUUUUUUUUUUUUUUUUUAACAGGCCAUGAACAGAUUACAAAAGUUACUGAAAUAAACUUGAUUACCCCCCCCCCCCCCCUUUUGUUCUGCUUCAUUUGAUCAGGGAAAGUCAAUUUUAUUAUUGCCUAUAUGAUUGAAUUUAUGGUGAAUUGGUCUUUGGGUUAAUUUUUAUCUGCUUUUAAACUUGACUGGGGGAUAUGGAUUUUUUUUUUUUUUUUUUUUGGGAUCGCUACCUGAUUUAGGUUUGCACUGCUUUGGAGGAAAUGGCCAUGGCAUCUGAUGGGUUGAAUCAGUUCACUGGAAGAUAAACAUGUUUAGUGAAGGAAAGAGCUACAGUUCCCAGAAAGCAACCUGGCUGCUGCUUCUAAACCAGAAUGAGAAUUUUUUUUUGGAUCAAUCACACUUGCCAAAAUACAAUAUACCACCUACAGCUAUUCUCAGAGACUCUCAAUAUCGGCUCCCUAUUGUGUUCAGGGAUUUAGGCCACUGGGAUUCUGGUGUAUAUGGAUCCUGCAGUUACUGAUUUUGAAUGUCUGAUAUUUUUCAUGUUUUGCUUUAAAUAAAAACAAAUAUUCCUCCACCAUGA